ACUCGUCCCAUUCCUUCCUCUCUCUCUCCAUCUCUCUUUCUCUCCAUCUCAGCAUUGUGCGUUUGGUAGGCUUCAGCAGGAUGUCAGGCAGCAGCAAUAUGAGUUCGAGAAACUACAGUAGCCGUACAGAGAUCACCAGUACCAGUUCGGCCGGUCGUCCCAGUCAUGGCGUCGCCCAGAUCUACAAGGGAGGGUACGCUGUGGGAGGUGGGAUGGUGGGGGGGUAUGCGGGAUCGUUGGAUCACGGGUACCGGGUCGGGGGAUGGGGUAACAGGCUGGCCGUCUGCCCACCACACCUUACACAGGUCGUCUUCAACAAGAGCCUCCUGACCCCCAUCACCAUGGAUAUCGACCCCGACUACCAGAAUGUCCGCAAUCAUGAGAAAGAGCAAAUCAAAGUCCUGAACAACCGCUUCGCCUCCUUCAUCGAUAAAGUGCGUUACCUGGAGCAGCAGAACAAGAUGCUGGAGACCAAGUGGAGUCUCCUGCAGGAACAGACCACUUCUCAUUCCAAAAUCGACCAACUAUUUGAGGCCUACAUCAGUAACCUGCGCCACCACCUCGACUGUCUGGGUCAUGACAAGGUCCGUCUGGAGGGAGACCUGCACAAUAUGCAAGAACUGGUGGAGGACUUCAAGAAGAAAUACGAGGAUGAGAUCAACAAGCGCAAUGAAUGUGAGAAUGAAUUUGUGCUCAUAAAGAAGGACUCAGAUGCCGCCUACCUGGCCAGAGUGGAGCUGGAGACUACACUGGAAAAUCUGAAUGAUGAGGUCCACUUCCUCAGGAGGCUCUAUGACUUGGAACUGCAAGAGCUGCAAGCCCAGAUAAAGGACACAUCCGUGGUGGUGGAGAUGGACAACAGCAGGAAUCUAGACAUGGACGCCAUCGUGGCUGAGGUCAAAGCCCAGUAUGAGGACAUCACCAACCGCAGCAAGGCUGAGGCUGAAACCUGGUACAAACAGAAGUAUGAAGAGAUGCAGGUGUCUGUCACUAAGUACGGCAGUGAAAUGCAAUCCUCCAAAGCGGAGAUUGCUGAGUGCAACCGCAGAAUUACAAGACUUCAUUCAGAAAUCGACAACAUCAAAGGACAGCGGAAACAGCUAGAGACACAGAUCGCAGAGGCGGAGGAGCGCGGAGAACGGGCAGUGACAGAAGCCCGUGGCCGCAUCAAGGACCUGGAGGCUGCCCUCCAACGCACCAAGCAGGACAUGGCACGCCAAGUACGCGAGUACCAGGCCCUCAUGAACAUCAAACUGGCUCUAGACAUCGAGAUCGCCACCUACAGGAAGCUGCUGGAAGGAGAGGAGAGCAGACUGGUACAUGGCAUCCAAGCCAUCAACAUCACCAAGCACAGAGGCAUGCACUACAACGCGUUCCCUUUGGAGACCUCCGGCAUGACCUUUGACCUCCACUCCCCAGGUCUGAUGGAAUCUUCCAGCAGCCAUAGCUUUAGCUCCUCUUCAAAGAUCGUAGGGACAUCAAGGGACAUCGGCGGAAGUGUUACAGUCAAGGGUGCAACAACAGAGGAGUUGAUAGGUUAAAAAACAAUCAGGAAGUUAAGGGAUUUUUUUUUUUUUCACACUUCCAAAUGUAUGUCCUGUACAAAACUAUUACUAGUGGAGAGUAUUGGUCAACUCUGAGAACUCAGGGCUCAGCAUGUUCACAACUUUUUGAAACUGAAAUAAAAUAAAAAAAUAUAA